AUGGUUCUCCCAAAGUGUCUCGCCAUCUCUCUAGUAGUUUUCUCCCUUAGUGUGAUAUUGAUAAACAAUGGCACUGAAGCAUUUCAUAAAGUAUACCCUCAUCUUCAAUCUCUUACAGCGAUUUCCGUGAGUGAACAACACAGAACUGGAUAUCAUUUUCAACCUCCUAGGAAUUGGAUCAACGAUCCAAAUGGACCCAUGUAUUACAAUGGAUACUACCACCUGUUCUAUCAAUAUAACCCCAAUGGUUCUGUGUGGGGUAAUAUUGUGUGGGCCCACUCUGUCUCAAAGGAUCUUAUCAACUGGAAAGCACUUGAACCCGCUAUUUACCCAUCCAAACCCUUUGACAAAUUUGGGUGCUGGUCCGGGUCAGCCACUAUCCUCCCGGAAAAGGGACCCGUGAUUCUCUACACAGGAAUUAUCGACGAGAAUAACACUCAGGUGCAAUGCUAUGCCAUACCCGAAAAUGCAUCCGACCCGCUUCUCAGAAAAUGGAUAAAACCCGAUCAGUUUAACCCAAUUGUGGUUGCAGAACCUGGCGUGAAUGGCAGCGCGUUUCGUGACCCGACAACCGCUUGGUGGAGCAAGGAUAGGCAUUGGAGGAUGUUGGUUGGUAGCAGAAGGAAGGAUAGGGGAAUGUCCUACUUGUAUAGGAGCAAGGAUUUUGUGAAGUGGAUCCGGGCCAAACACCCGAUCCAUUCCAAAGCAAACACGGGUAUGUGGGAGUGCCCCGACUUUUACCCGGUUGCAUUGAAGGGGGAAGAAGGGUUAGAGACAUCCAUGGUUGGUAAUAAUGUUAAGCAUGUUUUAAAGAAUAGCCUUGACAUGACUAGAUUCGAUUAUUACACAUUAGGAACUUAUUUUCCGAAGAAGGACAAGUAUAUCCCGGACAACACUUCAGAGGAUGGUUGGGGUGGCCUUAGAUAUGACUAUGGUAACUUCUAUGCUUCAAAAUCAUUUUUUGACCCAAGCAAGAAUAGAAGGAUCUUGUGGGGUUGGGCCAACGAGUCUGAUUUCCAAGAUGAUACCCAUAAUGAUGACAUCAAGAAAGGCUGGGCAGGAAUUCAGGCAAUUCCAAGAACCUUGUGGCUUGAUUCUAAUGGGAGACAAUUGGUACAAUGGCCUAUUGAAGAAUUAAAUUGUCUUAGACAAAAAGAAGUUAAGAUAUGCAACAAAAAGCUCGAAAAGGGAAAUUAUGUUGAAGUAGAAGGAAUUACAAUGGCCUAUUAUUAUAAUAUAUAUAUAUAUUUGCAGGCCGAUGUGGAAGUUACUUUCUCAUUUUCAAGCUUGGAUAAGGCAGAGGCAUUUGACCCUAGCUGGGUGAACGCACAAGAUCUAUGUGCCCUAAAGGGUUCAAAAACUCAAGGUGGGCUUGGACCAUUUGGGCUUCUGACUUUGGCUUCAGAAAAUUUGGAGGAGUUCACUCCUGUGUUCUUCAGAAUUUUCAAAGCUCCAAACAAGCAUAUGAUUCUUUUGUGCUCUGAUGCGAAGAGUUCCUCUUUGAAGAGUGAAUUGUACAAACCAUCAUUUGCCGGCUUUGUAGAUGUGGAUUUAUCUACUAAGAAACUUUCUCUUAGGAGUUUGAUUGAUCACUCAGUAGUGGAGAGUUUUGGAGCAGGAGGGAAAACAAACAUCUUGUCUAGGAUUUAUCCAGAGCUAGCAUUGACAAAUCAAGCUCACUUGUUUGUGUUCAACAACGGUACUGAGUCCAUCACAGUGGAGAACCUCAAUGCAUGGAGCAUGAAAUCUGCUGUUAUAAACUAA